AUGGAGGACGACUACUCAUACCCUCAUCCACCGACCGAUAACCCAGCAGCAUGCGAUCCUGAUGACAGGCCCGUUUCAUUCUUGAGUCCAAAUCCCAAUGAGAUGUCUCCUCAUUACCUGACCACCAGGGAAGGAAGUGGCAAUGAUCAACGUGAUGAUGUCCACAUCAACCCAAGGAACAGGCGUCCUCUGCCCGUUUCCCCAUCUUCACGAACCGGCUCUCAGGCUCCAUUCCAACAACUGGCCAUAUUCUCACAAGAGCAGGUUACACAGCUUUUGGCCCAGCAACAAAGCCAACUCGCAAUGAUGCAGGCAGGGGUACCCAACCCUAGCCAGCUGCCGUACCCUCUCUUUAAUGAACCAUCGGUACCCCCAAGGGAUAUAAAUGAUGAGGAAUUCGAUCAGAUGAAGGCCCGAUGGGAGGAACUCGAACGGAGGAACAAAGAUCGGUCUUCUCGGCAAGAAAAAAUCACGAGACCAGAAACCCCAUCCGUCCCCUCAGUCAGGGAUAAGCAGCACAAAUGGCCUCAUGUUGAGCCAGUUCAAAAGCAAGCCAUCGGAGUGGGCCCAAGUCCCAUUCAGUACCCGUCAGUUAUCUCAUCCAGCCCACCAGGACCACAUCAAGACCUACAUCAACCAGCUUCAGGACACAGACCAGAGAAACAUGCCCCCACAAACACCGGUCCAGUCAAUCCGACAGCCUCUAAGACCAAAAAAGCCGUCAAUGACAAAAUCCUACCUCGCCCAUCCAAGCAUAAAGCCAAUGUUAAUUCCCCUACAUCGCCGGGAGGUCGAGCUCAGCCCGAGCUGGACCAAGCUGGUUCGAAAAGGCGACCUCCAUCUUCAUUCGACCCUAAACUCCUCCCCCGUCUCAAGAUGAUGAACUUUCAAGCAAGGCAGAUCAUCAAGGACCAGGAAGUCAUGGAAAUUCUGGAUGGAACCAGAUUAGGUCAACCCUUGGCGAACUACAUCCGAGAGCUCUCCGAUCCAGACCGACCUACCCGAUUUAGUGAGUGGAAAAAACCGGGGACUCUACCCACCUCGUUAGAAGCAAAACAGAAACAGACUCUCAGUCCUGAAGAGCUCCAAGAAGUGCUAUGGUACGGGCCACAAGUCCGCAAGACAUUCACGAAGACUUUCCGGUCCGACGGAAACAUCAGGACCGAACAACAUCACCAUCUGGACCUCGCACGGGACGGCAAAUUCCUACUUCCUACUCUGCUAUUAAACUCUGUCAACCCUGACUUUAUUGAUAGCUAUGUGACACGACAUACGAAGGAAGUAAAGGGAUACAAUGACACCAACCCAGUCAACAACCCUAGUGAUCCAGAGCCAGAGCGCACAACUGAGCCGGAGUCCAGUAAUCCGCCCACAGCUGACUCCACUCCGGUUAAGAGAAGCAAGACCUCCCAUGGAACCGACCUAAAGGAGCAGCCUGGAGACAAACUCAAGAGAAAGAUGGAGUUGUACCGAGAACGGGUCGCUGAUCAACGGAAAGUUAUUGAAAAUCAAGAUGUAAUCAUCCGGGCCCAAAGGAAUGAAAUCCAGGCUCUCCGAAUUCGUCUCGAGGCCGGAGAGGACAUACUGAAACUUAACCCGAAGUCGAAGGGCAUCGUGGAGGGAUGGGGACCCCUCCCUCAUCAGACUUCUCUUCCAAGUUAUCUGGAGAAUGAAGGUAACAUGGAAGCUUCAUACGAGGAGGAGUGA